CCAAGAACACUUGCAGUUACCCUCUGCCACUCCAUUGCCAGCAAUUUCCAUCUCGGUUAAAAAAUUGGAGUUAAAAUAUAACAAUUAAUACAUGUGAAGAAAUAUCGUUAAGUCUAUGUUGAAUCAUCAUCUGGCAGGCAGUGGCAGAGACAAAUAUAUUCUUUUCUUUCUAUUUUCUUUUAUCUCUUCUCCCUGUAGUUUUUGCUGGAGUUAGAAGAAGACAUUAAUAUAGCAGCAGCAGCAGCAACAGCAGCAGAAGAAGAUAAGCUUGUGGGGUUGUAUACGUUGAUGGAGGAAAUGUACGGAUUGCAAUCAACGGCCGACUAUGGGGACAAAGGGUUUGAAUCAACGACGGAGUACGAUGACAGGGGGGCGUUGAUGACUCCGGAGAAUCUGAUACUGCCGCUGGAUUACCACAGCCUUCUGCACUCGUCCGUAGCCUUCCUCGAGCACAAUCACCAUCAACAUCAACGGGAGGCGAUGUUCGGAUCGAACGACAUCGUGUUGUACUCGGCAGCGUCAGAAGCUGCUUCGACGAUAAUCGCGCAACGCGAGGAGGACGUGUUCGGCGCCAUCAAAACCAGAAUCGCGUCUCAUCCGACGUACCCUAGGCUCAUUCACGCAUACAUCGAGUGCCAGAAGGUUGGGGCGCCGCCAGAAAUAGCGAGUUUCUUGGACGAAAUCCGACGAGAAAAUGGCUUGUACAAAAAGCAGGGAGACUACUCAUGUAAUUCUAGUUCGAUGUCGUCCUCCACAUGUUUGGGAGCCGAUCCCGAGCUCGACGAGUUCAUGGAAACCUACUGCGACAUUUUGGUGAAGUACAAAUCAGAUCUAUCCAGGCCUUUUGAUGAAGCCUCCUCUUUUUUGAGCAAGAUCGAAACGCAACUCACAAACCUCUGCACUUCAUCAUCUGCUCAUGCCUCUUCCUCCGUUAGAACCCUCUGCGAUGAAGGUGGUGGCAUGUCAUCGGAUGAGGAUUUCAGCGGAGGCGGAAUAGAUGUGCAGGAAGCUCAACAAGGAGGUGAAGAUCGAGAUCUCAAGGAUCGGCUUAUGCGUAGGUUUGGCAGUCAUCUCAGCACCUUGAAGCUCGAAUUCUCCAAGAAGAAGAAGAAAGGAAAGCUGCCUAAAGAAGCAAGGCAAACGUUACUUGAUUGGUGGAGUACGCAUUAUAAAUGGCCCUAUCCAACGGAGGCUGAUAAGAUUGCACUGGCCGAAUCAACGGGGCUAGAUCAAAGGCAAAUUAACAACUGGUUUAUUAAUCAGCGUAAGCGUCACUGGAGACCAUCGGAGAACAUGCAGUUUGAGGUGAUGGAUAAUCUUACUGGACCAUUCUUUACAAAUGAAUGAGGUGCAUGCAUGUAUAUUCUCUCAAAUGCUUAAUUAUGCUUCUUUUCCUGAUAAUUUAUGUGUACAUGAUCUGGAAAAUGCAAACUUUACUGACAUUCGUCAAUUACCCAAUCUUCAAGAUGAUUAGGGGGAUUUGAUUGUAAUUUGCUUCAAUGUAUACUCUAUGGAAUUUGACCACGGUUGAUAAUGAAUGAAAUGCUUACAUACCCUUGCUAUCA